UGCUGCAGGCUGCUGUACUAAUAAUGGUACAGUAUUAAAGCCGCAGCAGCCUGUGGUUCUAAUCGCUUUCUACUAUAGACUCUCCAAUAGAGUACUGUACAGUACAGUGACAGAAGCUUCUCUGCAUGAUUGGUCAGAAUGGCAACAUUGGUGGCUGUAAAACGGGAUCCGAAGAAAGGAUUUGGAAGCUUGGGACGACCAGUUCCGCUGCAUGCCAACCAUUAUGGCAUUAGAACUCCCACGUCGGGAUACAUUUAUCAUUACGAUGUGGAUAUGCUGUUCGAGAGAAGCGACCCGGCCGCCGGAGACGCACCACAGACAGGUACCCAGAGAAAGGAGAAGAAAAAGAAGGAAAAUGCGCCCGCUAAAGAUCCCAAAGCGGUCCCCAGAGUGCUGAAGCAGAAGAUCAUGUCGCUUUUCCUGAGCGCACCGAACACACAGCCCUUUCUGAACGGCUGCAAACCUGCUUAUGAUGGAGAAAAAAACUUGUACUCCGUGAAGGAAUUGAAGGUUGCUCCAGAUCAUGUUUUUUCGGAGCUGGUGACUGUGCCCCGAGACGAAGAAGGUGGAGAACGAUUAGUGCGGGUUUCUGUCCAGCAGUGCAAACCACUGGCGAUAUCAUGGGUUGAACUCUACGAUUGUAUGGCAGGAAAGCGCGAUACUAUGCCUAUUGUUAUUCUUCAGUGCAUUAACACGGUGUUUCGACAAGCAGCUUUGUCAACCGCAACCAAUAUUGCUAUUCGGCGAUCAUAUUUCUCGCGACAUUUAGCGGAACCUGUACCUCUCGGUCAGGGAAGGGACAUGUGGACAGGAUACUACUCCAGUGCCCGACCCACGCAGUGGAAAGUGAUGCUAAACUUGGAUAAAUCACACACGGUUUUCUAUGGCCGUCAAGAAUUGUUGGGAUUCUUAUCCCAAUUACUAAACGAUUCACCCUCUAGUUUAAACGUGAUCCAGCGGAAAACCUUUGAAAAAGAAAUCAAAGGGCUAAAGGUGGAAACGAAACACAGCGGUGGCAUCCGGCGCGUUCGUGUGACUGGUGUUACCGAACAGACAGCCGAAAAACUCUUCUUCGACUUGAAUGGACAACAAAAAAGUGUAGCAGAUUAUUUUAAGUCUGAGUACAACAUCGUGCUAAAACAUCGUGGAUUACCUUGCUUAAAGGUGGGAACGAAAGGAAGUUAUUUACCACUUGAAGUCUGCUGCUUGGCAGAGCAAAAAUGCGACAAAAGAAUGACUUCGGAUCAGACGGCGGCGAUGGUGAAAAAAUGCACACAGACUGCAAAUGAUCGCAAAAGAUUCGUGGAGAACACUCGCCGAAAUGGUGUUAAAUAUGACACCGACCCGACUUUGAAAGAAUUUGGUAUCACGGUUGACAAAGAUAUGGCCAAAGUGGAAGGCAGACAGUUGGAUGCUCCCACUAUUACAGCCGGAGACAAAGCUGUAACAGUCAAAUCAGCUGAUGGAACAUUCGACCCCCGUAACAUUAGAUUCGCUACUCCCGGAAUACUGAAAAAUUGGGUAAUCAUUAGCUUGGUGGAUGAGCGGCGUGUUGAUGUUUCCGCAUUCGUCGAAUCGCUGGUUAACAUGGGAAAGCAAAAGGGGAUGGACAUAAACUAUCCGGAACAACAGAAAGUACCUAAAGUUACUGACUGGCGAAAUCCCGACUUUGUCCAAAUUAUGCGGCAGAUCGUCAAAAACUUUGGGAGUGUCAAAGUGGAUUUAAUUAUGGUGUUGAUCAGUCAGGACACACAGUACCCUGAAGUAAAAAAAGCCGGCGACGUGAUUGUGGGGGUACAAACACAGGUCGUCAAGGGCUUUACGAUACAGAAAAACAGCGGUCCCAAAUUACAGCAACUAGUUGGGAACGUGCUUCUGAAAGUCAAUGCAAAAGUUGGUGGCGUGAACGUACAUGUGUCUAAUUUCUUAACUGCGAAGGAUAAACCGCUCCCGAGGAUGUUCGAACACCUGAAACGUUUUGUGGAAAAGCCGACCAUAGUAUUUGGAGCUGAUGUUACGCAUCCGUCACCAGGAGAGUCCAAAGAUAAACCAUCGAUUGCGGCCGUUGUUGCCAGCCAUAAUAGGACGUUUACAUCAUACAGUGCUCGCGUGAGUGCUCAGGGCCAUCGACAGGAGAUUAUGGCAGAUUGUCUGCGCGAUUUGAUUGCCGAACUGUUGAUUGAAUUUCGAAAUCGCAAUGGUGGCCGCAAACCGGAAAGGAUUAUUUUCUACCGGGACGGUGUCUCUGAAGGGCAAUUUGAGCAGGUCAUGCACCAGGAAGUAUACGCCCUUCAGCGUGCCUGUAACAAACUGGAACCGGGCUAUCAACCCCACAUCACAUACGUCAUUGUUGGCAAACGUCAUCACACCAGAUUUUUCUGUCAGAAUAAGAACGAUGAAGUUGGUCGUGGCGAGAACGUGCCAGCAGGCACUGUGGUGGAUAAGGGAAUCUGCCACUUCACCGAAAUGGAUUAUUUCUUGUGCAGUCAUGGAGGUCUGCAGGGAACAUCUCGCCCAGCGCACUACAAUGUCCUGUAUGAUGAUUCGGACUUCAGUGCUAACGAAAUUGAAUUAUUCUCAUAUUAUCUGACAUACUGCUAUGCGCGCUGCAAUCGCAGUGUCUCUAUUCCGGCCCCAGCUUAUUACGCGCAUCAUGUUGCCUUUCGGGCGCGCCACCAUCUUUCGGACAGUGGAAUAGACACAAUAAGUACUCCGUCUUCUGGUUCCGGAUCUGGUUCCUCCAUCGAUAUCAAACUGCUGAACGAGAAAAUCAAAAUUCACGAGAACUUCACGGAUCCAAAGGGGAAGAACAACAUGUACUUCGUUUAAGAAGAAUCAUGCUUAGACUGGACGAGCCUUGGAAUCGUUUUAUGUAUGACCCGUAAGGCGACUCAAAAAAAAGAAUCAUCCGUAUAUUUUUUUCAGGUUUAAAGCAUGCUUGUCUAUCAGUUAUCAUUAAGUAGAAUGUGUACACAUACAGUAUAUAAAAUUUUAGUAUUAGGGUUAGUGCGUAAUUGUCGGAUGCUUUUUGACAUCUCGCUUACUGCUCGUUUUUUUCCUUAGUGGAAAUAUUAUUUUGGUUUCGUACAACGCUUUUGCGGACGUUGUGUUUUUUGUCCACGUGUACGAACCGGUUUCGGCGAUUUCGUCUUCUUUUGAGUUACUGUUCUGUAUAAUUAUUACCGCGUUUUUAACUUUAUGAAUGUUCACUUGCCACUCUUGUGUCAUAACUGCAGUAUAUAACUGCGACAUUCCAUUUUCGGCUUAGGCCACAUUGAACAAUUAUGGGCCUUGU